UGAACAUUUUUGUAAAAAUAGCACUUUUUUGCCUCCGUCGUAAUUCUUGAAACAUCAAUAUUUUGAGCAUCAUAAUUCUUAGCCAAGUUCACAGUUACGUGAACUAAAGUGAGAAAUUCUGCAGUAGCUGAGUAGAGAAAGAGAAGUUACUUGUUGACAAUAUGUCUUGUCUUACAGAUUUGACACUUGUGGAAAAUGAACCUAAAGCAAAAACUUAAGAAUUUGGUUUAUGGCGACAAAAUCACACCAUUGCCGACUGGAACUGCACUUGUUUUAUUUAUCACACUGCUUCUUGGAUCAAUAAUUGUAACAAUGGUCUUUUCGUUUCUACCGGAAUUAGUCAAGUCAUUUGGUGUAUCUGACGUGGGGACAGGUUAUUAUGCCGGCUUAAUUGGCUCAGCUUUAUUCGCCGGUCGUGCAUUCUCAAGCCUAUUCUGGGGUUAUUUGGCCGAUGUAAAAGGCAAAAAAUUUGCAACCAUCCUGUCUGCCACAGCAUUAUCAAUCACCACAUUGGCAUUUGGAUUUAGCACAAGAUUUACUUGGGCUUUAGUGACGCGAUUUCUACAAGGCAUUUUUAUGGGAGUAAAUGUGACUACAAAGGCUAUGAUGGCAGACGUUUGUGAUGACACUAACCAUGCAUUAGGGAUGACGUUACUAAUGAGUACUUACUCCGCUGGAAUUGUCCUUGGACAAAGCAUUGGAGCUUUUUUGGCGUUUCCUGCAGUACACUAUCCGCAAGUAUUUACAAAAGAUUCGCUGUUUGAUCGUUAUGGUGUUCUUCUUCCUCAACUUGCCUUGGUGGUUUCUUUCGCUGUGUUAAUUCCUGUUGCUGUUUACAUUCUACCUGAUGAUAAAAGGCGGAAGAAAGAAGUUCUAACUAAUACGGAGGAACAAUCUCAAACUGAUCUGUUGCUUCAAAAGAGUUCAGACACGACAAAGCCUUACAGUAAUUCAAGAUCAAAGAUCCUAAAAUUAACGCGUAACAAAUCUUGUCUUAUGACCUGGCUUUUGUGUGGAACCUAUCGUCCAAUUGCGAUCGCUUAUGACGAGAUAUUUUCUGUGUUCGCAGCCACAUCUAAAAAAUACGGUGGAUUUGAGUUUACCACUGCAAACAUUGGCGUAGCGCUACUUUUAGUAGCAAUCAUCAGUACCUUCGUUGAAAUACCUACAGCUACAUGGCUUAUUCGCAAAUAUGGCUCGAAAAAAAUCUUUAUAUACUGUACAAUACUUCAGUCAUUGUUGUUUCCGGUAGUUGUUAUUCUAACACAAAUUUCAAAUGUGUAAGUCUUUUUUGUUGGAGGCAAUGCUGGUUGUUUAUAUUCUUCUAUAGGGUUCUGAUAAACCUUUCAUAGAGUAGUGGUUAACCUGUCGGGUUAGUCUAUGGGAUUGUUUACAUUUCUAUGGGGUUUUGGCCGGCCUACUACAGGAAUGAUUUCUAUGGGUUGUGGUUACCCUAUGUGGCCAGUGUUGGUUGCGGUGAGCCAUAAGAACUUAAAAGUAGACUAGCAGACAUUGGAGAUGAGUAGAAUAGGGUUAAACGGAUUUUUACCAAGAUUAGCAAGAUAAUCUAGGAUGGAUUUUUGGUUCCUCUUACCUUUUAAUAAAUUGAGACUAAGUAAUUCUAGUGUUUCAUAUAACCGUGAUGGAUAACUGUUUUAUUAUGCGUCAUAUCAAAGAGAUUUAAAAAGAGAAAAAGACACAUCUAAGCAACAUUCAUUUAAAUUCUAUGCAAAUUUCACAGCGUCAGUUAAAAAAUUGAUAAAUCUUUUAAAAAAUUUAAUCCAGAAGGGGUUGUAUAUUGGUACGUAUAUUUUUCAUUAAAGUUACCGAAUUUUUGGUAUAGAAUCGGUCUUCGGUGACUAUUGUUUCUUUCAUAGUGCAAAAGAAAAGAUGAAUCAUUUGUUACUAUAUUUAAUUAUGCGUUUUUUGUUGGGUGGUUAUAUACCUUUAUUUCUUCGCAUUUUUAUAUCCUGAGAAUGUUUUUUUAUUUUUAUUUUACCAUUUUACCAUUUUAAACGAUCAACUUACGAAAGAAACGAGUUUCUACCACUAGAAAAAUAAUUUAUAAUUUAUGCAGAAAUAAAAAUGGGCAACGGUUACUUUUGUAAUUUACGGACGGACAGACGUAUACGGGUAUUAUAAUAUAGAUUAAAGAUGAGGCUAUUGUUAAACUACAAAACUUUGAACCUACCAAGAUAUCAUACUACUUAAAAGUUUUGAUAUUAAGUGAAUUUGCAAAAUAUCUCAAGUAAUAAUUUAUACUAACUACCUUAUUACAUCAUUAAUGAUAAUGUCAUAAGGUCAGCACAAAAUCUUUGAAGCAUAAUAUCUUGAGAACGAGAAGAGAUUUUUAAAAAAUUCCAAAAAUUAUUCUUCACAACAUAUAAAAAAAAUCAUGUUUGAGCCAGGAAUCCCCAUAAGGGAAACUAGGGUGUCAUUGUAUUUUUUUUUAUAUAGUACAUUAUUUUGGUUUGUUAUAAUUUUAGUGCUGACGAUCAUACGACUCUGCGUGGAAGGUUCUGCAAUAACGAUAGCUUUAUUUUUAAAUAAUUCCGUCGAAGCAGAUUUGACGUGUACAGCUAACGGCAUCGGGAUGACAGUGUCGGCUAUUGGGAGGACCAUUACCCCGUCGUUAUUUGGAUCGCUAUUUUCUUGGUCACUUCACAAUGUUGAAAAGACCGCAAGACAUGAACAAGCUCUUCGUUUCCCAUUCAAUCAAUACUUUGCUUUUUUUAUUUUAGCUUUUUGUGGAAUA